CUUUCAGUGUUUUUAAGCAAUGCUUGUUCUUUUUCUGGCCUGAGUCUGACUUAGGUAAAACUAAGAUGAAAGCCUUGUGUCAGUCAUCCACGUAGUGCCCAGACAAGUUAGAACAACCAUAUGAAAUAAUUCUACUCUUCUUACUUUGGAACCAGGGAAAGAGUGCCACACUGGGAAUGCAAGCUGUCCUUGCUUCUGAACCAAGACUACUAUUGUGCCAGGAAGUGGGUGGGAAAAGAAACACCUGUGCAGAAGACAGAUGAAUCUUGGAGAAUGACAGUGGAUUAUCAUAAGCUUAACCAAGUAGUGAUUCCAAUUGCAGCUGCUGUACCAGAUGCAGCAGGUGGUUUUGUUUCUUGAGCAUAUUAACACAUCUCCUGGUACCUGGUAUGCAGCCAUUGACUUGGCAAAUGCCUUUUUCUCCAUUCCUGUCCACAAAGCCCACUAGAAGCAAUUUACCUUCAACUGGCAAGGCCAGCAGUAUACCUUUACUGUCUUACAUCAGGGGUAUAUCAACUAUCUGUCUUUGUGACAUAAUCUUAUUUGGAGAGAACUUGAUUGCUUUUUGCUUCCACAAGAUAUCACACUGGUUCAUUACAUUAUGACAUUAUGGUGAUUGGAUCCCGUGAGCAAGAAGUAGCAAACACACUGGACUUAUUGGUGAGAUAUUUGCGUGCCAGAGGAUGGGAAAUAAAUCCGACUAAAAUUAAGGGACAUUCUACCUUAGUGAAAUUUCUAGGGGUCCAGUGGUGUGGGGCCUGUCAAGAUAUUCCUUCUAAGGUGAAGAAUAAAUUACUGCAUUUGGUCCCUCCUACAACCAAGAAAAAGUCAUAGUGCCUAGUGGAUCUAUUUGGAUUUUGGAGGCAACACAUUCCUCAUUUGGGUGUGUUACUCUGGCCCAUUUACUGAGUGACCCAAAAGGCUGCAGUUUUGAGUGGGGUCCAGAACAGGAGAAGGCUCUGCAACAGGUCCAGGCUGCUGUGCAAGCUGGUCUGCCACUUGGGCCAUAUGACCCAGCAGAUCAAAUGGUGCUUGAGGUGUCAGUGGCAGACAGGCAUGCUGUUUGGAUCCUUUGGCAGUCUCCAAUAAGUGAAUCAUAGUAGAGACCUCUGAGAUUUUAAAGCAAGGCCCUAUCACCUUCUUCAGAUAACUACUCUCCUUUUGAGAGACAGCUCUUGGCCCAUUACUGGGCUUUGGUGGAAACUGAAUGUUUGACUAUGGGUCAUCAAGUCACCAUGCAACCUGAACUGUCUGUCAUGAACUGGGUGCUUUCUGGCCCACCUACGUAUAAAGUGCACCAUGCACAGCAGCAUUCCGUCAUCAAAUGAAAGUGGUAUAUACGUGAUCAGGUUCGAGCAGGUCCUGAAGGCACAAGUAAGUUACACGAGGAAGUGGCUCAAAUACCCAUGGUCUCCACUCCUGUAACCCUGCCUUCUCUCCCCCGGCCUGCACCGAUGGCCUCAUGGGGAGAUCCCUAUGAUCAGUUGACAGAGGAAGACAAAAGACUAGAGCUUGUUUCACACAUGGUUCUGCAUGAUAUGAAGGCACUACCCUAAAGUGGACAACUGCAGCACUGCAGCCCCUUUCUAGGACAUCCCUGAAGGACAGUGGUGAAGGGAAAUCUUCCCAAUGGGCAGAACUUCGAGCAGUGCACCUGAUUGUGCACUUUGCAUGGAAGGAGCGAUGGCCAGAUGUGCGAUUAUAGACUGAUUCCUGGGCUGUAGCCAGUGGUUUGGCUGGAUGGUCAGGGACUUGGAAGGAGAAUGAUUGGAAAAUGGGUGACAAAGAAAUCUGGGGAAGAGGCAUGUAAAUGGACCACUCUGAAUGGUCAAAAAUGUUGAAGAUAUUUGUAUCCCAUGUGGCUACUCACUAACGGGUGACCUCAGCAGCGGAGGAUUUUAAUAAUAAAGUGGAUAGGAUGACCCGUUCUGUGGACACGACUCACUCUCUUUCCCCAGCCACCCCUGCCAUAGCCCAAUGGGCCCAUGAAAAAAGUGGCCGUGGUGGCAGGGAUGGAGGUUACACAUGGGCUCAGCAACAUGCACUUCCACUCACCAAGGCUGACCUGGCUACAGCCACCACUGAGUGCCCAAUUUGCUAACAGUGGAGGCCAACACUGAACCUUCUAUAUGGCAGCACUCCUCAGAGUGAUCAGCCAGCUACCUGGUGGCAGGUUGAUUAUGUUGGACUCUUCCAUUGUGGAAAGGGCAGAGGUUUGUCCUCACUGGAAUAGACACUUACUCCAGAUAUGGGUUUGCCUAUCCUGCACGCAAUGCUUCUGCCAAGACUACCAUCUGUGGACUCAAGGGAAUGCCUUAUCCACCAUCAUGGUACUCCACACAGCAUUGCCUCUGACCAAGACACUCACUUUAUGGCUAAAGAAGUGCAGCAGUGGGCUCCUGCUCAUGAAAUUCACUGGCCUUACCAUGUUCCCCAUCAUGAGAAUGGAUUGGUGGAAUGGUGGAAUGGCCUUUUGAAGUCACAAUUACAAUGCCAACUAGAUGACAAUACUUUCCAGGGCUGGGGCAAAGUUCUCCAGAAGGCUAUGUAUGCUCUGAAUGAGCGUCCAAUAUAUGGUACUGUUUCUCCCAUAGCCAGGAUUCACGGGUCCAAGAAUCAAGGGAUGAAAGUGGAAGUGGCACCACUCACCAUCAUUCCUAGUGAUCUACUAGCAAAAUUUUUGCUUCCUAUUCCCGUGACAUUACUUUCUGCUGACCUAGAGGUCUUAGUUCCAGAGGGAGGAAGGCUGCCACCUGGAGACACAAUGAUUCCAUUAAACUGGAAGCUAAGAUUGCCACAUGGACACUUUGGGCUCCUCCUGCCUUUAAGUCAACAGGCCAAGAAGGGAGUUAAAGUGUUGACUGCGGUGAUUGACCCAGAUUAUCAAGAUGAAAUCAGUCUACUAUUCCACAAUGGAGGUAAAAAAGAGUAUGCAUGGAAUACAGGAGAUUCAUUAGGGUGUCUUUUAGUGUUACCAUUCCCUGUGACUAAGGUCAAUGGGAAACUACAACAGCCCAAUCCAACAGAACUACAAAUGGCCCAUAUCCUUCAGGAAUAAAGGCUUGGGUCACUCCACCAGGGGAAAAAAACAUGACCUGCUGAGAUGCUUGCUGAAGGAAAAUGGAAUACAGAAUGGGUAGUAGAAGAAGGUAGUCAUCAAUACCAGCUACGACAAUGUGACCAACUGCAGAAACGAGACUGUAAUUGUCAUGAGUAUUUUCUCCUUCUUUUGUUAAAAACAUGUUUGUGCAUGUAUACACUUGUACUAAAAAAUCAUUUUACUUCCUUUUUCUUUAUCAUGUGACAUAAGAUUUAUUGACUUCAUGUCAGCAUUUAAGUAUUAUUAACUUUAUGUGAUAGUAGUUGUGUUGGGGAUUGGUGAGUUUCCAGUUGUACAAAGGAUAGUUGUAUUAUGUUAGGCAUAAUUAUGACCUUACUAUUGUCUUUAUUUGAGGGUCUCAGGAGAUGUGUAUGGGUUCAAGUUGACAAGGGGUGGACUUGUGAUGAUUAUACUGAGUUUCAACUUUAUUUGAUUGAAGGAUACAAAAUAUUGACCCUGGGUGUAUCUGUGAGGGUAUUGCCAAAGGAGAUUAAAAUUUGAGUCAGUGGGCUGGGAAAGGCAGACCCACCCAUAAUCUUCGUGGGUACCAUCUAAUCAGCUGCCAGUAUGACUAGAAGUUAAAACAGGCAGAAACAUGUGAAAAGACUAGACUAGCCUAGCCUCACAGCCUACAUUUUUUUCCCAUGCUGGAUGCUUCCUGCCCUCAAACAUCGGACUCCAAGUUCUUCAGUUUUGGGACUCCGACUGGCUCUCCUUGCUUCUUAGAUGCAGAUGGCCUAUUGUGGGACCUUGUGAUCA